AUGAAGAAUAGAACACUAUGGUCAAAAAAAGGUCCUGGGGUAGUUGCCAACCAAAGGCGACGCACCCUAAGCGAAUGCGCCGAUCCCACAGCAAAUUCCCAUUCGAUUCAAUCUGCGAACCUCCCCUCCGUCGACAUCACCACCAGCACUUCCCGCAGCACCCCGUCGCUCGCAAUAAUGGCUGCCAUCAACAAGAUCGCCCCCAACUCGCCGUCCCGGCAGAACCCCUCCGAGCUGGAGACCGCGAUCGCCGGCGCUCUCUUCGACCUCGAGAGCAACACACAGGACCUGAAGGCCAGCCUUCGUCCCCUGCAGUUCGUCUCUGCCCGCGAGGUUGAGGUCGGCCACGGCAAGAAGGCCAUCAUUGUCUUCGUCCCCGUCCCCCUCCUGAACAACUUCCACAAGAUCCAGCAGCGUCUUACCCGCGAGCUCGAGAAGAAGUUCUCCGACCGCCACGUUCUCUUCGUGGCUCAGCGCCGCAUCCUGCCCCGCCCCAAGCGCUCCGCCAACUCGCGCACCACCCAGACCCAGAAGCGCCCCCGCUCGCGCACUCUGACCGCUGUCCACGACUCCAUCCUCUCCGACCUCGUCUACCCCGUCGAGAUUGUCGGCAAGCGCACCCGCACCAAGGAGGACGGCUCCAAGACCCUCAAGGUCAUCCUCGACGAGAAGGAGCGUGGUGGUGUCGACCACCGCCUCGAUGCCUACGGCGAGGUCUACCGUCGCCUCACCGGCCGCUCCGUUGCCUUCGAGUUCCCCCAGAGCGGCGCUGAGUUCUAAAUGCACAUUUA